AGACUAAACGUGUUAAGCCACACUGACUCACAUGUAAAUGCUCUUCUCUACAAUUGUUGGAAAGGCGACAAGAAGCCCCCUUAUUGCUCAGAAGAAAAAAUGUGUGUUCAGUAGCAAUAGCAAGUGUUUCACUAGGCUAUUUAAAAAUUGCUGAAUGAUAGGUUUAAUGUUUUUUGCUUAAAGAUGGUGAUAUGGGAGUACCUAUUCUGCGCUUGUUAGUAUCUACUGGUGUAUUUUAUUUACCACUACAGAGUCUAUUAGAGUCACUAGCAGAUAAUAGGAAGUUAAAAGGCUUUUGAUUUUACUAAGACAAAAGUUAUGCUUCGUCAGAAGGGAAGUAUUUAGAUCUCUACAUCUUCUGCAUAUCAGCUUGGGUACAGUUUAAGGACACACUGUAAGGUGCUCCAUUCUGAUGUAAAGAUGGUGGUUUUCCUAAACAGCUUUUUUGCAUUUGUUUUCUACCUAAGAGCAUCAUCUGCUAGUGAUAACUCUUGGAAUGCUGAAAUACCAAAAUCAGUAGUGGGUCUGUCUGGAUCAUGUGUGGUGAUCCCUUGUAAGUUCAACUACCCAUCAGAAGGAAAGACAUACAACGAAUUUACAGGAAUCUGGUACAAAGAUGGAUCUGUAAUCUACCACAAAGAGACUUCCGAAAUCAUUGAAAAUUUUAAGAGUCGCUCUACUCUUCUUGGUGAUCUCCAUCAUAAAAACUGCACUUUGAAAAUCAACUCUUUAUAUCCCAGCGAUGCUGGAUCGUACAUGUUCCGCAUCGAGAUCAAAGAUUCAGACAAGUACUCAUACCGGGACAAUAAAGUUUCUAUUACAGUGAAAGAUUCACCUGAACAACCCAUCAUAUCUGUGGAUGAGGAAGUGAUGUCACAGAAAGAAAUGACCGCUACCUGUAUCGUGUCACAUUCCUGCCCGUCUGACCCGCCCAAGCUCACCUGGAACCACAACGGCAUGCACACAAGUCAUUCACAGCCACAAGACCACGGUCAAUGGAGAUUAACAUCAUCUCUGACCUUCACACCCUCCAGAGAAGAUCAUAAUAAACCUCUCAACUGCUCUGCAGACUUCACUGGUGGGAAAAAAGUGACCAGCAGCAAAACACUUAAAGUUAAAUAUCCUCCAUAUAAUGUAAAUGUGAAGAGUAACUCGCCGGUGAAGGAGAACACAUCUGUUGAACUGAACUGCUCCUGUGACAGUAAUCCACCUGCUAGUUUCCAGUGGAUUAGUUUAAAUGGAUCUGUGUUGGCAAAUGGACCCAACUAUAAACUGAUCCAUGUGUCCCGGUAUACUGAAGCCAUAUCCUGCACUGCCAGUAACACAGAGGGAAAAAACAACUCCAGUCCACAGAAGAUUAAUGUGUUGUAUCCUCCUGAGAUUAAAAACGAGUCUUCCUGCAAAACAGAGCCUACAAUCUGUGUUUGUAUCGUGGACUCCUACCCAUCCAGUGAAGUCAAGUGGCUUGCUCCCUCGGGAGCUUUCCCCAGCUCUAGUGUUGAACAAAAUGGUUUUCUUACCAACUUUACCCUUCAGGGGUGGGAGGGUUUCCCUGACGCUAUCCAUUGCUUUGCCAGUAACAGUGAGGGAAACUCUGUCAUAACUCUCCAAGUCCCUAAUCAUCGUAUGAUCAUAUAUAUUGCGCUUGCCACAGCUGCUGUUUUAGUUAUUUUAGUCAUCAUUUCAGUUUGUGUAGCCAAAAGACACUGUGUGAUGACCUGCCAUGUGGACAAGAUGAAGAUGAAGCAGUCUAUGCUAACACGUAAAAAUAAAUAAACACAUGAUUACCCUGUUUGUUUAAAUCAGAAAGGUAAAGUGCCUCACGCCAUUUAUUUCCUUGGCUAUGCAAUUUCUCUGCAAUUAAUUUCUAAGUUUUUUUCAAGUGUUUUUUUUUCUUAAGAUGUAGCAUCAAGUUCCUUAAUUCAGUGUAGGUAGCAAGACGGUUUUAUUUUAAAAGCAAAAGUUUCAUUUCCUCUUUUUGUAACAGUUUUUAGCCUAACUACCUAACUACUGUUUUUUUUUUUAACUAUUUUUAUAACUAAUACACAUAAUGGCUGAUUUGGCUCUAAAGCUUGUAUGGUCUCUGAGCAGGUGCAAAACAAUUAUUGUAUAACUACUUUGAAGGUAAACAUUAUAUGGGUUGGUGUGGUGUUACAAAAGGAGUUUUAACAGUGCAUAAGAUGCUUUUUGGAAUAUGCUGAUAUCAUGAAGGAAAAACAUGAAUCAUAAUCAAGUUUAGUAGCCUGUAAUUUAUGAAAAUAAUGCAAACUUGAAUCCACACUGUCUUUAAAUGGCACAUACCAAAUACUAGAUAAAUAUUUUCAAUCAAAUUGCAAGAUUUUGUUGCUGUUAUGUUUAUGUAAUUGUGAACCAAUAACCAAUAUACCAUUCAUUUGUGUGAACAACCAGAUUGUAUGUAUGUACUAUACAAUGUGUAACACUGACCCGUGUGGUCGCUGGAGGAUCCCCAGUGGCGUAGGUUGUAACAAAGAACCACCUUGUUUUUGUCAUCAUCUCAAAAAGUCUAUGAUAUAGUUGGAGAAAUUUAAAUUUGUAGUACACAAAUGUGGGUACUGUACUUUGCCUAAAGUUUCAGACAUGUAGCUUAAAGGAUUAGUCCAUUUUCUUAAAAGAAAUAUCCAGAUAAUUUACUCACCAGCAUGUCAUCCAAAAUGUUGAUGUCUUUCUUUGUUCAGUCGAGAAGAAAUUAUGUUUUUUGAGGAAAACAUUGCAGGAUUUUACUAAUUUUAAUGGACUUUAAUAGAGCCCAACAUUUAAUACUUAACACUUAUCAGGUUUUUUUAACGGAGUUUCAAAGGACUAUAAACAAUCCCAAACGAGGCAUAAGGGUCUUAUCUAGCAAAACGAUUGUCUUUUUUGACAAUAAAAGUAACAAAUAUACACUUUUAAAGCACAACUUUACAUUUACAAACAAAUAUUAUAAACGACACAUUUUACUGGUCUUAACCAAUAGGGGUCGCAAUUCUCUCACAUUUUGUUAAUGGCCAACCCUAAACAAGCCCUUUACAGAACAUUUAUGCAUAUAUCAGACUCUUUUAUCCAAAGUGACUUACAGUGUAAUCAAGCUAUAAGAAAUCAAACCCAUAACCUUUGCACUGCUAACAAUGCUUUACCAACUGCUACAGGAACAUUUUCUCUCUUUACUUUUUUUUCUUUUUCAACACAUAAGACGAAGCACACAAAUGAUGUUGAAUGUUUCAUAUCAACAAUGUAAAUAAAUGGAAUGAUUUCCAUGGACCUUUAAGCUGAUACAUGUUAAUCUAACUGGUUAGUUGUAACAUUUUGACACAAAUGAAAAAAAAUCCUGACACUUUAAAUAGCUUUAGCACAAUUUAUUAGGAAUUAAAAUGAGCUCUGGAAGACAAUGAUAUGACCAAGACAAAACUUGAUAAAGAAAAAGUUAGACUUAAUUAGUUUGACAGAUGUUUAACAAAAACAAAAAUACAUUCAAAUUAUAAUUUUUUUAUCAUACAGUAUGUGAGUUCAUAUAUGUGUAACUAAAUGGUAUGUAUUAGGAAGUUUUCUAAUGCCCCAAUGAUAGCUUGAGACCAUUUUUGACCUUUAUUCAUUUAUUUGACAGUGUACUAUGAUAAAGCAGAAGGUGCUGGUAAAUAAAGUGUUAAAUGUGAA